AUGUCAGCUCUACUGAAACAAAACAAAGCGUUAGAAUUAAAUGAUUUGAAUUUAUAUGUACGUAAUCAUUUGAGUAAUACAAAUGAUCACUCAACACUUGCCGGUCAGUAUGAAUCUGAAUCCGAUUCGGACAAUGAAACAACAACGGAUAAUGAACAAUAUGGUGAUAGUGAAAGUGAUUGUGACAGUGAAAAUGAAACAGAAUUAAAUGAGGUAUUAAGAUCAUAA